GCCGGUUCCCUUCUGUAAAAAGCACGCUGCGAGAACGGCGGUUGCGCGGAACGGACGCUGGAAGAGCAAAAACCCGCGCUUCGCUUUUUCCCUCUUUCCUUCCAUCUAUCUCUUUUUGCUCUCUCCUCUCUUUUUCGCUCCUUUCUCUCGUCGAACUCGAAACGAUUCUCGCUCGCGAACUCAGAGCUAGGGUUUCAUGAACAGCUUCCUUCUGCAUCUGCUUCGAAUUCAGGUCAACAAACCAUCAUCGUUGCUGGAGAACUAAAGAGGAGCCGGCAAAAGCUUCUUAUAAGCUGGAUUUUAUAUUUUCAUGAUGGUCGUGCGGAACCACAAUUGUGUAGAUUUCAUCAGCUGCUUCAAUCCACUCUGCGAAUGGCAUCCUGUCGGAUAGCGAAAGCUGUUCGGGCUUGAGGCCCAUCACCUCUUCUUUCUUGUCUUUUCAUUCUUCUACCAGGAAUUUGGAAACUCUGCUGCUUUAUUGGGUUCGGGAUUACGUUGUCUAUGUGCUUACAAACUAUACUUGUAUCCUCUGACAUUCUGAAAGUUUAUUAUGGUUUCAAAGAGUUUUUCUGUCACAGACUUGACAGAAAUGGGCUGCUGUAGUUGCUUCGGAUUCUUGAGCAAGCCCCAAAGAUCAUUGAGGUCCCUUCGUGGCUCUGGCAGCCGGUUUUCGCAGGAAUUAUUGUUGCCGGAUAAUCAAGAAGAUACUGAUGGUUUUAUAUAUAAUGGUGAAGUUGCCAGUAUGCUCCGUCGAAGAGAUGGCAAGGUGCCACGUCGUAAUAAAAGUUCUGAAGAGCUUCUCUUGCUUAGAGCUCAAAGCGGAAUGAUAUGCAGGGAAGUUCCUGUCAAGGAAACUAGGCAUGUUACUCGCACAGAGGAUGAAAAUGGAAACAAAAUGGUCAAUGAAUAUGUCCGAGAGUGUAAGAUUGGUUCUGGCAGCUACGGCAAAGUGGUUUUAUAUAGGAGCACUCUUGAUGGAAAGCCAUAUGCAAUUAAGGCUUUCCACAAGUCUCACUUAUUAAAGUUGCGAGUGGCACCUUCAGAAACUGCCAUGACAGAUGUUCUCAGGGAGGUUUCAAUUAUGAAAAUGUUGGACCAUCCCAAUAUUGUCAACCUCGUUGAGGUCAUUGAUGACCCAAGCACAGAUCACUUCUACAUGGUUCUAGAGUAUGUAGAAGGAAAAUGGGUAUGCGAGGGUUCUGGUCCACCGGGUGGCAUAGGGGAAAGUACUGUGAGGAGAUACUUGCGGGACAUUGUCGCUGGGCUCAUGUAUCUCCAUGCUCAUAAUAUUGUGCAUGGUGACAUUAAACCUGAUAAUCUUUUGGUCACAAGCACUGGCUCAGUGAAGAUCGGAGACUUCAGUGUCAGCCAAGUUUUUGAGUGGAAGCUCUUUUAUGGGCUUGGCUUGGGAGGAGUGGAAGGAAAGAUGAGAAAGCGGAGUGGAGGUUUCUCCUUAUGGCCAUUCUUUGGACUAUCUGGAAAGAACGAAAUGGGCAGUGUUUCAGGAAUGAGCUCUCCCUGGUUGAAUGGGCGGUGGGCAUUAUUAAGGGAUGUGCAUGAUUGGGCUUCAGUUGUUUAACCUUUUGAGAAAGUUUUCCCUUGUUUGUCUCUUCGUUCUUGAUUGUAUUCUUUCUUGCCUUUGGUGUGUGUUUUGUAUAAAUUUUUUGUUACCUCUCAAAAAAAGAAAAGGAAAGGAAACAACGUGCCUGCUGUUUGUUUUUGCAACCCAUCUCUCUACGAAAAGCCCCUCAUUGACAUGUUAAUCAAACGUGCCACCGACCAUCUUCAAUUGCCCCACAUGUGCUACCAUCCAUCUUUGAGCUCCCCACAUGUCCGUGUGCGACAUGAGCAACGUGUGCCACUGUCCAUCUUAGAGGACCACAUGUGCCAAUAUGCAACAUGUGGAAUGUGUGCCACCACCCAACUUGAAGUGUCCCAUUUCAAUAUGUCACAUAUGGCAUGGUAAUUUUCAAGCGCCCCACGUGCCAGUGUGCAACAUGUGCCACCAUCUAUCUUGAAGUGCUCUCAUGUAACAAUAUGAUACAUGUACCGCAAUCCAUCUUUAGAGGUGCACCUUCAAGUAAACUUUCCAUGCAAAAUUCCAUUUUGCCAAACAGUAAGAUUUGGAAAUGGAGGAAUUUUUUUAAAAAGAAAAUCUCUUUGAAAAACAAUCAGGGAAAAAAUAGCUUUUCCUUUCCCAUAGUUUCCUGAAAAUGGUGUUCCAUGGGAAGCAUUGUUGGCUUCAUGUGACUUCUUACAUAUCCAAACAGGCCCUUGGGCAGUUUACCUGUGAAAACUACGACAUUAAGUAGAACAUAGUCUUGCUCUGCACAAAAUUGGUCCAGAAUUCCUGGAAGAUGACUGCCUUGGGUCCCUACACCAUAUGAAGAUCAAGGACCUGUUUUCCUAUCAUCUGUUCAUCAUGCCAUUUGUUACACCUUUUUUAUUUACCUUCGGGCUUGUCCAACAUUUGUGCCUCAGUUCUCCAGCUCUACAUUUGGAAGGCCUGAUAAUUCCAGUUGCAUCACUAGGAUAUCCUAUUGAGAAGCAAUGAUGGUAUGGCCAUGAGAACGGAAAACAUGAACUUUUUACGCCCAACAACAACUUGGUCAUAUCGAAUGCCCUUAUGGCUGCGCAAAGAUGGGAUGUCUAGAGUCUUCCAAUCUUGGAAAUUUUUUGUCCAUGGGCCAUCCACAGCGGGGCCAUCAGAUUACCAAACCAUUGGCCCCACUUGUACUAUAAGCUCAAACCUGAGGAUGCUAUUCAUAUUAUCAUGCCAAGGGCCAUACACUUCCUCUAUGUUUGGCUGCAUUUCAACUAAAAAUGUGUGGAUAUGGUACCCCACUGGAGUACCCUUCAUGGAUAGGGAUAGGGAAUUGUAAAAAUUGAAUUCUGAAAUAAGCCUCGGGUGGAAAUUAUUAUGGCAAUCCUAAUUUCCAUGUUAU